AUGAGAUUCCCCAAGCUGCCCAACCCAGGUCUGGAUGACCGGAUCCCGUCCCACCAGGAGCUGGAAAGGAUGGAGAAAGAGGAGGCUGGGGACAGGCCCAAAUGGGACAACAAGACCCAGUACAUGCUGACCUGUGUGGGCUUCUGUGUGGGGCUGGGGAACGUGUGGAGGUUCCCUUACCUGUGUCAGAGCCAUGGAGGAGGAGCGUUUAUGAUCCCGUUCCUGAUCCUGCUGGUUCUGGAGGGGAUUCCACUGCUGCACCUGGAGUUUGCUAUCGGACAGCGCCUCAGGAGUGGCAGUGUGGGAGUGUGGACGGCCAUUAACCCAUAUCUGACUGGUGUUGGCAUCGCUUCCUUGUUCGUCUCCUUUCUGGUGGGGAUGUACUACAACACUAUAAUCGCCUGGGUGAUGUGGUACUUCUUCAACUCCUUCCAGAACCCUCUGCCAUGGAGUCAGUGUCCUGUAAAUGCCAACCUGACAGGUUUGGUCUCAGAAUGCGCCCGGAGUUCCCCAGUGGAUUAUUUCUGGUACAGAGACACACUCAACACGUCCACAUCCAUUGGGGACUCUGGAGGACUGCAGUGGUGGAUGGUGUUGUGUCUACUGUGUGCCUGGCUGCUGUUGUACGUCUGCUGCCUUCGUGGCAUUGAGACCACUGGAAAGGCAGUGUACGUAACAUCCACUCUGCCAUAUGUGGUCCUCACCAUCUUCCUGAUCAGAGGACUGACUCUCAAAGGUUCUCUGGAUGGAAUCAAGUUCCUCUUCACACCUGAUCUAAAUGAGUUGAUGAACCCGUCUACCUGGCUGGAUGCAGGCGCCCAGGUGUUCUACUCUUUCUCCUUGGCCUUUGGAGGUCUCAUCUCCUUCUCCAGCUACAACUCUGUACACAACAACUGUGAGCAGGAUGCCGUGAUCAUCUCCUUCAUCAAUGGCUUCACAUCAGUCUACGCUGCUACAGUCAUCUACUCUAUCAUAGGCUUCAGGGCCACAGAGAGGUUCGACGACUGUCUGGAAGGAAACAUCUUGGCCCUGUUGAAUACUUUCAACCUUCCUGAGGGCAACAUCACAGAAGGCAACUAUGCAGAAUCCCUGCAGAAUCUAAAUGGCACCUUCCCAGAGAUCAUCCAGAGUCUGGACCUCAAAACCUGCGACUUGCAAACUUUCCUCAGUCAGGGUGUGGAGGGAACUGGUCUGGCCUUUAUCGUGUUCACAGAGGCCAUCACCAAGAUGCCUGUCUCUCCUCUCUGGUCCAUCCUGUUCUUCAUCAUGCUCUUCUGUCUGGGACUGUCCACCAUGUUUGGCAGCAUAGAAGGAACGGUGGUGCCUCUUCAGGAUCUCAACAUCUUCCCUAAACGGUGGCCUAAGGAGGCGAUCACUGGUAUUGUCUGUCUGGUGUCAUUCAUCAUUGCCCUGAUAUUUGCUCAGAGUUCUGGUAACUACUGGCUGGCUCUGUUCGACAGCUUUGCCGGCUCCAUCCCUCUCCUAGUCAUCGCCUUCUGUGAGAUGAUAGCUGUGGUCUACAUCUAUGGCAUAGACAGGUUUAACAAGGACAUACAGUUCAUGAUUGGUCACAAGCCCAACCUGUUCUGGCAGGUGACCUGGAGGUUCGUCAGCCCUUUAAUCGUCUUAGUAAUCUUCGUCUUCUACUUCGUCACCAAAGUCAGCUCCAACGUCACCUACAUCGCCUGGAAUCCAAGCUCGGAGGACUUCCCCACUCUGGAGGUGCUGGAGUAUCCUGCUUGGAUUUACGUCAUCAUCUUUAUCCUGGCAGGAAUCCCCAGUCUGGUGGUGCCAGGCACGGCCCUAUUCAAACUCAUACAGAGACGUUGCUCCGACAAAAAUGUCUACGGGGCAGAAGUCGACACGGUCUCUGCCAAAGUUCAGAUGUAUACUACGGAAAUGUCGUAG